AUGGAGUCAGAGGUCCCAAGACUCGUUUUCUAUGUCCUCGCUGAAACCGUUUCCGCUAUAUACAAAACUCAUCAACACUGGCCUCAGAUUCUUGAAUGGCUUGUGUCGUCUAUCGCUUCAAACGACGACGACAAGUUUCGUGAAGUCGCGCUGUUGGUUUUGUGUUCGUUGCCAAACGAUUGUUGUUUUCUUAUUUGCGAUGCUCUCCGCGACCGCCGCCACCUUCUUCAUUCGUCGUUCUUGAUUUAUCUGGCGUCGUCGAACCCUAACGUUCAGGUUGCGUCGUUUGGUGCGGUUGUGAGUUUGGUUCAGUUGUUCUCUGAUCCUUCACUGUUCCAUGAGCUCUUACGUGCGAUGAUGGCUGGCGUGUUCACACUAUUGCACGGUUUCGAAGGUACCUAUUUUCGAAUCGCGUUCGUUGAGUUGAUAAAUAUGUUGUCUCAAGAGCCUCUUCUGUUGAAGCCUUACGUGAGUGACAUGGUUCUCGACGCGCUUCAGAUCGCGGAGAGUGAGGGUUUGACCAAUGAAACGCAUCGUUUGGCGUUUGAGUUGGUUAUGGCCAUGACUGAGGUAAAAGAGUACGGUGAACACGUGUUGCUGAACCUUCCUUCUCAAGCUGUGGUUAGGUUGUUCCUCGUUUCUAUGAAAAUGCUUCUGUGUAUUGAAGAGGAUGGUGGUGUUGGUGACCAUGACCAUGACCAUGACUUUGGAAUAAAGUGUUUGAAACAACUUUGUGUUACACUUGGAGGGAGUAAAGUAUUGGCAAUUGCUUUAGAACUGUUGCCUCUUUACUUGGAUUCCAAGGAAUGGAAGAAGCGCCAUGCUGGAAUUACACUGCUUACUGUGAUCUCAAAAGAGUUCUCUGAUGAAAUGGUGACCUCAUCAUCUUAA